UAACAGGGUUCUCAAACUGAAGACUUGACCUAAAGAGUGGGAAAGAAUGUCUGUGAAGGAGCAUCUGUUCUCGCCUAGAGUGACCACUUCCUUGUCAGAUCUACCCGAAACUCGACUACGCACCAUACAAAAUGCUCUAGGGUGCAUCUAGCACUUUUAAAGAUUCUAAAUAUCAUGGAUAAAAGGACCAGUGUUACGGCUGAUGAAGAAGCUGAAUACUAUGCCAUCGAGCCUGGUUGGAAAUCCUAUUUAUACCAACUUCAACUCAGGGCCCCCCAGCCAAAGCCAGUUGUCUGCACUAGAAAGGAAGAAGACCAGCCAUACUUCUAUGAUAAUGAGUAUCAUGGUAGCAUAUCAAGAGCAGAGGCUGAACAGCUGGUUUCUGGUGAAGAUGGGCUGUAUCUCACUCGAAAAAGUCAAAAUAAACCAGGGACUUAUGCCUUGACAUUUAGUUUUGGUGGGAUUGCAAGAAAUUUCAGGCUUUAUUAUGAUCAUUCAGAAAACUCUCACUAUGUAGCUGAAAAAAGAUUUGAAUCAGUGUAUGAUCUGGUAGCUGAUGGACUGAUUACAAUGUAUAUGGAUGCUAAUGCCAAAGAUUACAUAGAUGACAUGGCAAUAAAAGUUCUAGAAGAUGGGAAAGUUUCACAAAAUGUAGCAACCGAAAAGCGACAGUCACUGGAAGUAACCAGCAAUCAGAAUGACCAGAUUGAAGGAAGACAAAAGUUAGAUAGCGUUUCUAAAAGGAAAAGCAUAAAGCCAUCAGAACUGGAAAAACACCAUAAUUUCAAGAUUCAUAAUUUUUAUGGACCACAUUGGUGUGAUCAUUGCAAGAAUUUCAUGUGGGGUUUGAAAGCGCAGGGCGUGAAAUGUCAAGACUGUGGAUACAACGCUCACAAGCAAUGCUCCGACCGCAUUCCUGCCCGAUGUGCCCCUGACAAGCGUCUUGUGAAAAGAGUAUUUGGUGUGGAUUUAACGACGGUUGUCAAGGUGUACAAUUCAAAGAGACCAGCUGUUGUUGACACGUGUAUCAGUGAGGUUGAGAGUCGAGGUUUGACCCAAGAAGGUAUCUACAGGAUAUCAGGCUUUGCUGACGAUGUGGAAAACUUGAAAAACACUAUCGAUAAAGAUGGAUCUGUGCCAGACUUGAGCGAGAAAUCCUUUUCUGAUAUCCACGUUAUUUCUGGAGUUUUAAAACUCUACUUUCGCUCGUUACCUAUUCCACUUAUAACAUUUGAAACGUAUGGAAUUUUCAUAUCAGCAUCAAAAAUCACCGACAACGUUGAAAGAAUUAGAGCUUUUCACAGUGCUCUGAUGAAAUUACCUGCUGCUCACUACGAAACAUUGAAAUUUCUCAUGAGGCAUCUGCAAGGGGUUACACGGUGUCAAGCAAUAAAUCGUAUGACGUCACAUAAUCUUGGAGUUGUUUUUGGGCCUACGUUGCUGAGAGCCCCAGACUCAGAAGCAAUGGCUGCUAUUGCAGACCUUCCUAAUCAAAGACUUGUUGCUGAAAUACUUAUUAACGAGCAGGAUAUAUUGUUUGACAAUUAGAUCUCUGCACACCCCGUAAUAUUUUCUAGCAGACUUUUCCUUUUUUGUCUCCAGCCCCCAUAUUUUUUUAAAAGUUUUUCUUCUUUAAAUAUCCAAAUAUUCAUCUUGUAAGAUGCAGAACUCUAUGGUCAAGAAUAUUUAGGGAAAUUAUUUGUUAUAAAGAUUUUUAAUGUACAUAGUAAAGAAACUUUUGUCUGUAUCAGUUAAAAGUAUAUGCCUUAAAAGGUUAUCAGUAAAGUAGCCUAAAACCACCCCUUUAAAUGUGGAAGAUAACUUUUUCAUUUCCAGUUAAUUUUUUAAUUUCAGCCUACUUUAUCGUUUUUAAACACAAACAGCCUGGUUUUUUCUCGUAAUUUCAAGGUGCUUUAUGCUCCUAGUCAGUCUAAGAAAAGACCUAUUAAUAUGUAAUAUGUUUUAAACACACGAAUAAAUAACAAACAUUACCUGUUAGAAAACUAUAUAGCUAUGUUUA